AUGAAGGACAUUUGUUCUGUAAAGGAGGAGUCCUGGUGGAGUCAUUUUUUUUUAUCUAUUUCAACCACUAGAUGGCAAGUCAGGAAUGUGGAAUCAGUAUUCUUCUGGGAAGACUCAUGGUGCAAGGAAUGGCCUCUAUCAAGGCUAUAUCCUAGGUUUUACAAUCUUGCUCAGAACAAGAAUUCUUCAGUCAAAGAGGUAAUUAGCAAUUGCACUUCUUUAAAUCUCUUUAAUUGGAGGAGACCUUUAAGGGAAUGGGAGCAAGAGCAAGCUGAAGAACUAUUAUCCUGCUUCAGUCAUAUCAAUUUGGGAAAUGGAUAUGAUGCUAUUAAGUGGCCCUAUAGAGAUCAAGCUUACUCCACAAGGUUGGGGUACAAACUCAUUAUGGGGCUAGAUGACUCCUUCACCAAUCAUUGGAGGAAGGUUUGGUGCCUUAGGAUACCACCAAAGAUCUCUCUAUUUCUUUGGAAAUAUCAGCAUGAUAUUCUCCCAAUUCAGAAGGUCUUAAAUAGCAGGGUUCCAUUGAAAUUUAGUCCCAAUUGUUCUUUGUGUGGCAUAGAGAGAGAAUCAAGAGAGCACUUAUUCUGGAAUUGUUAUCUAGUGAGAAAAGUCUGGAUAAUCUUCUAUGAUUGGUGGAGUUUGAAUAGGAAUGUUAUGAAUGGACAUGGUGAUCUCUUGUUACUCCUCAGAUGUCUCAAAGGAGUGGCACUCAGAGAGGCUUGGCACACCUCAGUAAUAGCAUUGCUAUGGACAAUCUGGCUAGCUAGAAAUGAGAGAAUUUUCUCCAAACAAGACUGGAAUGAGGAGAAAUUGACUUGGUUAAUAAAGACUAGAGCUUUUGAAUGGUUACUGGCAGCUGGAAAAAUGGCUAAAGGAUUAGAAUCUUUGUGGAAAGUCAACCCUAGAGGUUCUUGUCUUCUCUUUAACAAAAAACACAAAGGAGGGGAUUUUAUGUGGUGUAACGCAAAUUUUAUAGGGUAUUCAGAUGGCUCCUGGAAGCUCUUGCCAGAUAAUUGA